GGUAUGCAAAUAAAGAGCAGAAGUAUCCAAGUACCGACUUACACCGCAAGCAGAAUCUUAGAAUGGUCAAAACGACGACUUUUUCCAGCAACACUUUGGGUAAAAGAGUAGUGAGAGGAAAGUGCAUUGGUGAGAUGGUUAGCUUUCAAUUUGUUGUAGGGAUAAUUUUGUCAACAUUUCUAAGUUACCAGUAAUGACAGACGUGAUGCGAUUGAAAGUAAAACAUUCAUCACGGAUUGUAAUUAAGUUUAUAAAAAUUUAGGUUUAAAUUAGAGGUUGUAGUUUUGAAGAAAGCCAAUCGUUAUUUUAUCUACACAAAGUUGAUUUAUGCCCUAAAUACAUUUUCAAAGUCUGCCGGUAAUUAAUGUUUUUAUCUGUUAUACUUGUAGGUAAGUGUAAAAAUGGCUACACCAUUUAUGCCGGGAUGGAUCUCUCAACCGGACAGUUUGUAGCCAUUGUUAAGUGGACUCUGAGGAGGAAGAAUUCUUUUAAAAUAUCCAAAUUUCAUGAUGAAAAGAGUGCCCUACUUUAUGAACAGGUAAGAAUAAUAUAAUAUGAUUUCACAGACAUGUUUAAAUUGCGCUGAAGAUAUUGAGGUGCUAUAACAAGUAAGUUAAUUCUUAUGUAUGAUAGCAUUUCAUCCGACAUAAUGUAGCAUUCUCAAGACUUUGAAUUAUUAUAUCCGGUCGACAAACGUCAAAUUGCUGACCAAAUUAAGUUCCGAUCACCAAGGUCCGGCACAUUUGAAUAACAGACAUGUCACGUGAUAUUGCAUGGGGAAACGUUCGAACCUAGCUAAAACAACGGCCUUCCCAAAUAGAGGUAAGAGAGGUUUCUGGUCUUGUUUCCUGCAUAAUGGCAAAGUUUGAAGGUUUGGGACUGGACCAAGAACGGUGCUCUCCUGGAGUGCAUGGCAAGGGGUGAAACUGAAAACUCGGUCUACUUUAGGAUUACUUCCGUUUGACCAAUCAGAAUUCAGAGUUCAUGAAUUGCAAGGGAGAUGAUAACAAAUUAUUUUUUUACAGAUAACUUUUCCCUUUUAUUACUCAUCUCACAAUGAAUUCUCGAAUCAUACUAGACAAGAGACUACUGCUUACUUACGGCUUCAACCCCACCUUGGGCAUUGUCCUUCUUUAACAGUUUUUCAUUCAUUUCGGCCUUGUGUUUUCCUUUCCACUUGAUUUCACUUUCAGAUGUAUCAAAUACUCUGUGUCUGCCUCUAGCUCGCGUCUCCAUGUAUUCUUUGCCCCCCCCCCCCCCCCCCCUGGAUUCCAUGUUAAGGCUUGUCAGGUGAUGUUAUUUUGGGGUUUACAACAAGUAUGCCCCAUCCACCUCCACUUUUCCCGGUGAUUUCUUCAGCUAUUGCCUCAUAUUAUGCCAUCUCAAGUAAGUGAUGAUUUUUGGCCAUGUUAUGUUUAGGAUCUUUCUAAUGCAAAUGUUCUUGAGGUCUGUACUUUCUGCGCAAUGCUAACUGUUGUUCUCAAAGUUUCGACUAGACAAAGACACAGACAGUUGGUGGUGUCAGUUGGUGGUGUCAUUUGGUGGUGUCAGUUGGUGGUGUCAGUUGGUAAGCUAAUCUUGCACCUUUAAUUUAAUUCAAUACUCAAGUUUAUUUAAACUUACUUUUUACCAAAUAAAGUUUAACGCACACUCUAAAGAUUCCCUACCACCAUUGUAUAAUAUUUAAAUUAGGCCUAAAUACUUUCAGUGACCGUCACCUAAAACAUAGAGUGAUUGUUUUUCUUGUUGCCAAUUUAUGGGGGCGGGGCGUGGGGUGGGGGACAUGGGGUGGACCAAAGCUAAUAAGGCUGAAAACUUUUUAAAGGUUCUUUGAUUCAUUCGUUGAGAUAAUAUCGUUUAGUUUCUUUGUUAAUAUAAAAUAAUAACCAGGCGGCAUCACAGAUUAUGGGCUUGGUCUUGACGUCAUUGGGCUUAUUUUCUUGGAUGAUUUCUAAAUCAACCUUCACAACCAACUAAAUAAAUAACCUAUAAGCAUUCGCUGUUGUCAUGUUAGAUCGAAAGCCAAAGCUUCAAUGAUUUUCAGUGAAGAGUUACUUCCCGCUUUGAUAUAUUUGACAAGAUAGAGCUAUAAAAGCUUUAUAUGAUAUUGAUCGCUCAAUAAUAAAACAUGUUUUAACAUGAGCCUUGCAUCUAUCAGGGGCCGAGAAAAGCCUGGUACACGUCACGUGCCUCUUUUAUCUCUCUCUUUUUUUUUGUCCCCUUCCCUCUUUUUUAAACACACCUUACACACCUUAUGCGCAAUAAUAUUUCUUCGAUCACUUUUAGCGGUUCCCAACUACGCCCCACCUCUUUUUUUAAAACUAUGUUUUAUACCAUUUUCUGUUUUUAAAUUUCAGGGCCGAAGAAAAUUGGGAGUGGGGGUGGGGGUGGACAUAUUUUUAUUAAUAUCUUCAAACCCAAUUAUGUUACAGAUUUGAACUUUGGUAAGGAGGAUUCAUUUUAAACGAAAUAAUCAUUAUGCUCUUUAAAUAUUUGGCUAUUUGGAAAUAUGCGUUAAACUUAUGGAGUUUAGAGUGUAUGGUCAUGGUCAAAGGGAGUGGAAAAUUAAAUGUUAGUGUAGUUAAGGAGCGUGGGGAAAGGUGUGGGGGUCACACCUAAAGGGGUUACCACCCCGGUGGUGCAUUUAUUAAUGUUUAUUAAAACUUAAUGUAAUAUGUGUGUGUGCGGAUGCGAUUUUUGACCUUUGACCCAGUGAGCAAUAGAUUUUGAAAAUUAAGGAAAUAUUGUCUUUAACCUUCUUCAAACCACAUUUCAAAGGGAGUUAAGAGGAUGUGUGUUUUUUUUGUUUUUGUUUUGUUACGUCGAUCACUACAGGCCUCUCUUUAAAUCCGAUGUUAUUAGUUACAUUCUUUAAAAAGACGUUAUCUUUUUUCUUUUAAAAUAAAUAAAUAUGUGUUGCAUCAAUACAUUGAAAACCAAUAAUUAAGUAAUACAAGUACAAAUCGUAUUUUUAGAUGUUGAGAUUUCGCAGUAAAAAUAGUCUAUAGAACGUGGCGCAAUGUGCUUUCUAUUUUUACCCAGGUAACACCAGGUCAUAUCUUUUAGUAUAUUUAUUUAUAUAUAUAUAUAUGCCCUAUAUAUAUAUAUAUAUAUAUAAGAAUGAGCAACUAUGAUUAUGUUUAAUAGGUGCUCAAAAUAAAAUUCCCAAUAGCUGCACUAAAAAUAAUGCCCAAAAACUGUAAGCGAAAAAUAAAAUCUCAUUAAAGAACUAAAUGGGAUUCUUUAAAACCCACCAAGUGCAUUUUGUUUCAUUUUACGGAAAUUGAAUCAAUUUAAUCAAGCCAAUCAAGCUCUCGACAUAUCUCUAAUAAUUCUCUCUCGGACUCAUAACCAGAAAGCCUAUAUGUUAAACACUCACAGUUUUCGACCAAGGGACCCAAACGUCAUUGAGAAAUGGACUUUCGCUUCAUGUAAUGUAACAGCUAACUUAACCUAUUUAUUAUUCAUUGCCUUGCAUCUUUCAACCAAUGCGCGCAUACGUCCAUGAGGGAUAUUUACUUAUUUAAUGAUAAAACAUUCACUCAUAAUUCCAUGACCUAGACACUACCCUUUUGUUUCAGUUUUAAAGUAGAAUCAACUACCAAAUUGCAGUAAUUUUAUUUUAGAAACUGUAUUCUUCAAACCCUUGGUUCUUACUUUUAAAUAGGUUUCAAAUGUUCAGGAAGAAAUAAAAGUAUUGCUGAAUUUGAAACACCCAAAUCUCAUUCCCUACUUGGCCUGGAGGCAAAGUUCACUUAAUGAGAAAAUCAUAUUACAAGUAAGUUAAUUUUAUUAUUUUUGUUUGAAUGUUAUUGUUGUUGUAGUAAUUGCCUACAUCACCACUGUAAAAUAAAUAAUUACUUUUAGGAGGUUGGAAGGCAUGAUCGCGAUAUAUUAAUGUUUUACAACUUAAACUUCUUCAAUUUCCUAAAGUGUUAUUGCAUUGUCCUCAUUUCAGUACCUUAUAAGCCUUAUAUACUUCAGCAUUCAUUCAUAUUGUUAUGAAAAGCUUGAGCUCUAAGCUAAUUUUAAGAUAAAACUAAUCUAAGAACCAUAAACUUUGUGUAAUAUAUGUAUGGUAUGGCAUUUCCAUUUUAAGCUUACAAUUCUGAGACUUUGAAGUCUGGUUUUAUCCUCUAAAAUCUAAAGACCACAUGAAAAUUAAAAUUAAAAACAAGAAACAUUAAAUCAUUUCUUCUCCUCCCUACCAUUGAUUUCAUUAUUUUUUGUUUUGUGUGGUCAAACAUUUUAGUAUUCCGAGUCUCUGAUUCAAUGUCACUUAAGACUUCCUUUAUUGAAGAUUGUCUUAUUUUGACUGUAUUUGUAAACUUUUAAUGACUUUAGAUAAUGUUAAUUUUUGGGGGAAUUGGUUUUAAUGCAAUUUUAUACAGACUUGAAAUAAUUACAUCCAGGUACUAGUUGGAUAUUCUGGUGAAACAAACCUUGGCUCAUACAUGGGGGCAAAGACUCGUCCCUCACUACAUUUGGGAUCCUUAAGAUCAAUCACAGUCCAAAUCUUGCAAGCUCUCAAAUACCUGCAUCAGAAAAAAAUUGUUCAUGGCAACUUAAAUGUAACUUACACUCAUUCCUUUUUUUAAAAAUGGCACUGCUGUUUCACAUAUGUUUAACAUAUUAUUGAGAAUUGAUUGAUUUAGUUUUUUUAUAGUAUAUAUUUGUUAUCUUGAACUAACACUUAUUUCAAGACUUAAUUUAAAAAUGCACACACACACAUUAUUACUAAAUAAUAAUCGACCAAAGUAUAAAAGAAUAAAAUAUAAAGGAUUACUCCAAUCAAUAUUGGUGUUUUGCCAUUGAUCAUAUCUUGCAAAAAUUAAGCUAUUCAGAUUUCUUCCAGUUGUCCAAUAUUCUAAUUGACGGUACAGGAAAAGUGCGUCUAGCAGCCUAUGGUCUUGAAAAGAAGUAAGUCUUAACUAAACAAAAAAAAUUGAAAAAAACAAAAAAAAAAACAACAUUUUUUUUUAAAAAUCAUGCUCUGAAGUGAUUACUAUGUUUUUAAAUACUUUUGUUAAAAUAGCAAUUUAGCUCUUUAAAAUAUGCUUCAUGAAUUAAGGGGAAUGUAGUCAAGAUAUUAAAUUUAUUUUGUCAUUUAAUUAAAAUAACAUUUUUAUUUAAUAUGCAAAGUUGUCUGUAUAGACUGUAAAGAAAAAAACUGGGGCUUUUAAAUUAUACAUGUGUUAAAAAACAAGCAUCAUUUUUUUUUAUAGAAUAUCAGCUCUCAAAGAUUCAAUGGAAAGGGAAAAAAAUGAUUUCUUGUGGAGAAAAAACAAAUCAGAGAGACAAGACCAGUUUCAUGAUAUUUUAUGCCUUGUGAGUUACAUCAGAAACUCAAAGCUUUACUCAUCUUAAUUAAGAAUAUUGUUUUUUCAAAUAAAUAAUUUUCACUAACUUAUUUGUAUGUGUUAUUUAUUACUUUGAAUGAGGUUAGGCAAGGGAAAUAAUAUCUUUUUUUUUUAUUUGCAACUCUUCUUUUUUAAGACCAUCACAACUUACUCGUUGACUUAAAACUUAUUAUUUAAUAAGCAGUCAUAUAUUUAAUAUUAUAUAUAUAUAUAUAAAGUUCAUGAACACAAGAUGUCAACUUUGCCUAUUAAGGUUUCCAACAAAAAUUCUGGAAAAAUAAUUUAUUACACUUAAAACAUUUCCUUCUUUUAGGGUCAAGUAUUGCUGUCCCUCAUUCCUGGUCUUCCUUGCAAGAAAUUUAUACCAGGAAUUCCUGCAAAACUCCCUGAAAACCUGAAAGAUUUCUUAAAUAAGUGAGGCCUAGAAUAAUGAGUUCAUCAUCUUUGCUUUAGCACAAAAGUUCAUUUGUAACAGAGUUAAACAGAUUAGCCCAUUGUUCUAAAAAUAAAUUAAGAUUUAAAGAAAAAUCAAAAUAAACAAUUAAAAACUGUUACAUUUUUAUUUUACCGCUGAUACAUAAGAGUAAAAGCCACAAGAUGACAAAUUUUAUGUUGUUGCUUUUUUUGGUAACCUGGCAAAAGUUUUAACUCAGGCACCUCACUAAAUAACAAUGAUCAGUUUAUUUAAAUUAGAUAAUUUUAUUUUGAUCUGAAUUUUUUAAAUUUUAUUUUCUUUUAUUUUUAAUUUUUAAAAUAAAUGUGGCUUUUCACAGGUGCCUGCAAAGGGAGAAAUUGGGCCAAAUUUCUGCCAAACAGUUACUUGGGCAUUGUUUUGUCAAGGAUCAUUUAAGAAAGUCAAUUUGUAGGGCUACAAGUAAAAAUUUUAAAAGGAAAAGGAUUUCUCCACUUUUGAAUGGUAAAUAAGUAAUAAAAGAUACAAUUAUUUUGUAACCAACAUUAAUUCUAUUUUAAUUAAUAUAAAUUUUUACAGGUUUGCAGCUUAAUAGCGAGCAGACUCAUUGUAUUAUCACUGUAUUUUUUUCUAUUUGAUCUCUCAGACUCCAAUAGCAUAUUCAGUGCAUGUCAAAAUUUAAUUAUUUUCAUUUCUGCUUAGAAUAGAUUUAAAUUUCCUCCUUGCCUUAACGAAAUAGAUAAAAUCUUGAUGCACAAAGCAGAAACAAGAAAGCUGGGUGAGCUGGAGAUACUCUCAAGUUUAGCUACCAACAGUCAAUCAAGAUUUGCAUCAGAGUUUGAACAGCUCAAAGUUUUGGGGAAAGGGGGAUUUGGAGAUGUAUUUAAGGUGGGUUUUACAAUGAAUAGAACAGUUUAAAGAAUCAGGGACUACAAUUUGUUAACUUAUGUAAUUUUAUUUAUUUACAUAGCCUUUUUUCUUUAAAAGUCUCAGUUCUUUAAUGGACUUGUGGUGCAUUCUGUAAAAAAAAAAAAAAAAAAAAAAAAAAGGAUGAAUUAAUUUUCCCUUUGAUAUAAAUGCCAAAGCUAUUCUUAACAAAAUGUUAAACAACUUUUUCAAUUGCUUUAUCAUUAUCUCACCUUCACAGCUGAAAAUAGCCUGUAUUUAAUGAAUUUUAAAAAUUAUGCUCAGGUAAGAAACAAGAUUGAUGGCGGUGUGUAUGCUAUUAAAAGAAUUUCCCUCAAUCCCAGGAGUAAAGUUUUAAAUGAGAAAAUAAUGAGAGAAGUAAAGCUUUUGUCUCAACUCAAACAUGAACAUGUAGUUAGGUAAUUAUAUUUCUCUUCAUAUUAUUACUUACAAAUUAUUUUUAAAAUAUAAUGACAUGAGCUGAAACAACUACCUAUUCAUAGUAGGCCUACAUUGUUAAAUAUUGUACAUGACCAUUGAGCAUACAUUGAGACAUGUUUAGGGUUGUUUUUAACUUGCUUUCAAGUAUAAAUGUUUUUACUUUUAAUAUUUUAUUAACUUUUUAAAAAUAAUUUUCAUCAUUUUAAAUUUUUUUCUGUGAAGGUAUUAUUGUUCCUGGAUUGAAAUCAGUGAAGAACAGAUAUCAUCAAAAGCAAUUUCAAUUUUUUCAUCCCCCAAAACUGAAAAGCCAGUAGUAGAUAAAACUGAAAGGGUCCCCCAUAUUGUGAGAAGCAUACCCCUAACAAGCCCUCCAGUAAUGUUUUGUGGACAGAUGUGUGCCAAUUCAGAUUUGUUAAAAUAUUUUGAGAAACUGGCACCAGAAGAUGAACCAGUGGAAUGGCUGAGCACAAAUGAUGAUACACAAGGUAAAUAUUGCAAUAAUGUCUGCACUGUAAUACAUUCAUAAAUCGAAUUAAUAAAAAUUCUAAUAAAUUAAAAAAUCCCAACUUAAUUAUAGAACACAGUUUUAAAGAUAAUCAGGUCUUUGCCCCUUUUUGGUAAUAAGAAGACAUAUAGCCUAUUUCUUGAGUAACGUUUAGUUUACUAAGAUAAAAAGCUCUCUUUUUAAAUGGCCAAAAAUCUACUAUUUAUUUUGAGUACUGAAAUACAUAAUUUUGAUCAAAUGCAGGUAUAUUUGCAGUGAAUCAAAAACAUGAAGUAUCAAGUGUCUCUCAUAAUUAUGAGAGUAUAGGACAUCCAGCCAUGUGAGGCUCAUAAGUUAAUAAUAGUCAAUUUGAAUCUAUUUUCUUUGCUGUGACUGUUACAUAAAUUUAAUUGACAAGCCAAAUUUCAUCUACAUUUGUGUGUUCCAGGCUUAAGAAACAUUAUUUUAAUAUAAUCUUAUCAAAGAUACCUCCGAAAUUCUUAAGUUCAUUUAUAGCCUGUUCAUCUUUUUUCAGAUGUAAAACCAACAUGAAUAGUAAAUCUUUAUCUAGUGUAAGUACACAUUUAAUUAAUCAUGAAUUUAUCAACAUUUUUUAAAUCUAAAUAGAUCAAAUGAAAUUCAAGGUUAACCUUUUUUUAAAUGCAUGGUAUUGUGUUUUGGAAAACAACAAUUGAUUUGCUUGAAGUUUGAAAAAAAAGACAAGGCUAAUAGCUCUUGCUUUUAAACAAGUUGCACACAUGCAGAAUAUGACAGCAAGAAUAUGUGAUUAUCUAAAAUAAUUUGAUGGAAGUUUUAUAUCAAGUGUUUUAAAACCAUUAAGAUUGAUGAAUCAAGUGAGACCUGUCAGCCAGGUGUACAUGAAGCUGAGGUCAAAGCAGAGCAAGUUGUCAAGAUAUUAUAUAUCCAGGUAAGUGCACAGGCAGGUUAUUCUCUCCCCCCUUACAACAUACUACUUUAUUUGUAAAGCUUCAUCAGUCCAGAUGAAAAUUUAAAAUAUUUAAAAUAAUAUUAUCUUUAAAUAGUGUUUCUUUUUUUAAAAUUUAUCCAACAAACAGAUGGAAUGUUGUGAAGAAAUCACACUAAGGCACACUAUUGAUAAAGGACUUUGCUCUAAUAUGAUUCGAGUGUGGAGAUUGUUUAAGGAAAUCAUUGAAGGGCUGGUCUACAUACAUGAAAAGGUUUGUAAUAGUUAAAAAUCUAAAUUUAAUAAUUGCAAAAAUUUAACAGUCAACUUGAUUGAUUGUAAAUUAGGUUUAAACACCUCAUUCUUUAAGAAUAAGUUGAUAUUGUUAUAAAAAGAAGAACUGCAAUUUAAGGGACUUAAUUUUCUAGGACAUAAUUCAUAGAGAUCUGAAACCUGUCAACAUUUUCCUGGAUUCUUAUGACCAUGUGAAGAUAGGAGAUUUUGGACUGGCUAGAACAGAUGUUUUAUCAAAGGUGAGAAGGAACUUAGAUUAAGUCUUUUUUUAAUUUAAAUUCUAAAUCAGAAUUAUCAACUUGCAAACAAUGGAGUUGAUAUGUCUAUCUAACCUAAUAAGCCUACACCUCACCCACUAUUUACGUCGAAAGAUGCCCAAAAAUGCAUAUGCAUUUAAUUAGUAAUUGUAAAUUUAUUGUUAUUCCAAAGUACUGGGCCAUAUAGUGCAUUUUUUACUGCUGCUGUUAUGCAGUCUUUUUUUUCUUAACAAAUUACCAUUAAAAGUGGCAAUUAAAAAAAUUUAAUUUAAAUGAAGCCUGUACGAUUAAUUUAAAAGAUGUCAAUAUCUGUUUUGAUAUGUGUGCUCAGGAUGGUUACUUGUCAGACAAGACUCUCCAGGCAUCAGAUCUUGAUCUCAGUUCUUCACAGUCUGAUGGUAGUGUUGGAGAUGGGAUUUUGACAGGAGCAGUGGGGACAGCCCAUUAUGUCAGUCCUGAGGUUAUGUUGGGUGUUGGGAAAGUUCAUUAUGAUCAGGUGGGUGCAUAUAAAAAACCAGACACAUGCCAACUUAAAAGACAGCAUUCAGUUAGAUGUAUUUUGAUUUUGUAAAAUUCUUCAUAAUUUAUAAGGUGAUAAUUAAUUGAGCAAAUUGACUCUUGAUUUUUGUGAAAAGUAAAUUUGAAAUAACAAACCAAGUUUGUUUAAGAUUAGACCUAAUCCAUUCUCAGUGUUACAAAGUAAUACAAACUAUCCCCAAACAUAAACUUUUUUUUCAGAAAAUAGAUAUGUAUAGUUUAGGGGUAAUUUUUUUUGAGAUGUGCUACAGAAGUUUGCCCACAGAACAUGAAAGAGGAAGUGUUCUCCAUAACAUAAGGCUGCCUUCAGUUCAGUUUCCUGAUGAUUUUGAUACAAAGUUGUUGAACCAUCAGGUACGCUUGUCUAAUUGUCUCAGGUGUAUUUAAUCUCUAAAAUUUAGAGCAGAGUCCUUCUGUUUUUCUCUGUCUCCAUCUGAAGGACUCUGCUACUGGUUCAUUUAACUUUAACUUAAAACCAAACAAACCAUGUUUGAUUUGAUUUUCCUUAGACUCAGAUUAUUCGCUGGCUGCUAACGCAUGACCCAAACCUGCGACCCACAUCCAAAGAACUGUUGAGUUCAAGCCUCCUUCCACCAAUCGUCAUUCAGGAGACAGAGUUGAGUGAGAUAUUACGGUUAGUCAUCUGUCAUCCUCAAUCUACAUCACACAGUCAUGUGCUGGAAGCACUUUUUAAACAGAAAAUAAUGCAAGAGCAAGAUGCUAUGUAUGAUCAUGAAACAAUUGAAGUAAGUCCUGUUAAUGAAACAUCAUACAGAAGCAUCUGAUUAACAAUGCAUAUGUUGAUAAUAUUACAAAUUAUUAAAUUUUUAAAUUUCUAAAUAAUUAUAUUUUUUUAAUGCAUCCACCAAAAUAAAGAUUUAAGGUUAAAUUUUAUAAGUUUAAAGAAGUUUUCCUCUAUUAGUAUUGAGCUAUUGUUUAUGAAACGGAGCAUUCACCACCCAAGACUGUCGUGGAAUGUGACCUAGGGCUUAGGCUACUAAAAAAUUUCAUGAAUGGCUGCUCCACGCCCACUUAGAUGAGAAAUCAAAAUUUGUGCUUUUUGUUUAAGUUCAAUAAUUUAUUUCUCGGAAACCCUAGGGUUUUUAUUAUGCUAUCAAUUAUAUCUUGCCGGAAAGGAGAUUUUAUUCUUUAUACCUUAGUAUAUUGCAAGUCGACAUCUUUAGACAGUAUUGUAUUAAGUAAUUAAGGGAGUUUUCACAUUCAGGCUCUUCUAUUUAAAAUAUCUCCAAGACCAUUUAUCUUAUAUAAAUAUAAGAGUGUAUCUUAGAUAGCUGAGAAUAAAUGUGAAAAGACACAUAUAAGUCUUUGGGGUUUUGGUCUGGGAUUUUGACUCUACUUUAGGUUGGAGUCUCCAGGGAUUAUUAAUUUACCAUAGUAAAUCCGCCACAAGUCAAGUAAUAGCUUGGUCUAUGUGUGAGGUGGUUGCUCUUUGGUACAUUUGAGUGACCUUAUUUAUAGUGAGUAUGCUAAUAGGUAUUGGUACUCAAAGUUUGAAUCAUAUCCCUAAAGUGCACCAUUGUUCACCAGCACUAUUUGGAUGCUUUGUAAGCUUUUUAAUAUAAUUAGACUUACUGCAAUGCGCUUUUGUCUUAAAAGGAGACGUCAAUGGACCGAUGCAUCAAGUAUGAAACUAACGGUUGUUAUAUGUUAUAAUAUUGUAGUAACUGUCCUGCUAUGUGUGCAUCUUACAUAGACACCGUACAUGGAUGACAGCACAAUAGUAAUUUCUAGACUUGUAUGUUAGCCUUCACUUCUCACACUGAUUCUAAAUGAAAGUAAGACAGUGUAACCCAGCCACAAGAUUUUUCUGGAAUCCUUUUUUUCUUAACCCUCCUUCUUAUAGAACAGUCCUGCAUAGCUCAAAAUGUAAGGCAGGCCGUAAUAUUUUAUGAAAAAUUUUUGCGGGCCAAAAGAACAUAGGAGAGGACUUGUGCUGGCCAAAAGAAAGUAGGAUGGGGGGAAUGAUAUUAAGAAAAUAAUAAGAAUAAAGAAUAUUUUUUUUCCAUGAGAAAAGAAAAGCAUUGGUUAGGUCUGAGUGGAAGGAAAUAGUGAAGCAGGCCAAAGCCCUACAUGGGCUGUAGUGCCACAGGGAUGGAUGGACAAAUUUUUUUGUUUCUUCACGGGCCGCAAAGUGGGUGAUGGCAGGCCACAUGUGCUUCGCUGGCCGUAUAUUGUGCAGGCCUCUUAUAGAACACUCUAGGAACAAAUAAAAGGCUAUAGUUCUCAGGACCUGCAUUUUUGUUGAGUUAUCCAAAUAUCCACUAAAAACUGUCAGAUGCCACUCACCACUCAGCUACACUAUUAUCCUUUAUAUAAAAAAAAAAGAAUAUAUCUGUGCAGUUUUUUUUAACAUUGCAUGAUGUAGGUUAUUGGACAAUUUCAGAAAUAAAAUGCAUUAGCCAAUCAAAAUGUUUCAAACAAAAAUUUAUGUAUAUAAAUUGAUCCUUAAAAUACUAUUAAGACAACCAGUUAAAAUAAUUGAAUGACCCAAGUUUCAAGUCACAAACCAAUGAUCAGAUUUUAUUUCUUUCCUCUUUUUAAAAUUUAGCAUUUUAUUUGAAUUCUCUAUACAAAUUGCAGUGCUUUGAGAAACAAUGACAUUUAAAAAAAAUAGAUGCAUGAAACCAUCUGAUUUGCUCCCAAAAUAUAUUUAUGUUUCUGAGAUACUUAAGGUUAACCUUAGUUUAUUUUCUCUAUUACAGAACAUUAUUUCAUGGAGGACAGCCAUUUUAUUUCAACAAAUUAAGUCAACUCUAACUACUGUCUUCACCAGACAUGGAGCCAUUUACAUUCCUCUGCCAUUGUUUAUGCCUAACUGCAGUGUGAUUGAUGAUAAUAAAGAUAUGGUCAAACUUAUGGACUGCAAAGGUGGAAUAGUUUCAGUACCUGUAGAUCAGAGAGUAAGUUAUUUUGUAACAUAUGUUGUAGCUUUAAAAUAGUUUUGAUUCUUGUGACUGCAAACCUUGUGUUUCAUGACUUGCAAAAUUAAAAAAACUCAAUAAUAAUAAGUCCAGUGUAUAACAUGUUUUAUUUAUUUAAGAUUCCAUUUGCUCGUUACAUUGGAAGAAGAAAUAUCCAAUCAAUGAAAAGAUUCGCAAUUGAAAAAGUAUUUACAGAAAAGAAAUGUCAAAAUGCCUCAAGCUGUGUCCACCCAAUGGAAGUUACGGAGUGUGCCUUUGACAUCAUUUCAUCAUCUGACAGGUGAGAUUAACUAUUAUUCUUGGUCAAGGUUUAAAUCUUGUUUGAGUUUCAUUCAUACAUUUUAAUAAUACAGGAGAAAUAAUUUAGGCCAAAGGGUUUUAAUAUGAAGUUUUGCCUAAUGACUUAAUAAAAUUACCGUAUUUUUUGGCGUGUAACACGCACUUUUUCUCCCCGAAAAUAGGGGGCAAAUCAUGUGUGCAUGUUAUAUGCCGAUAUAAUGUUUAGUUUUUUUACUGAAAUUUCCUUCUUAAAAUGAGGUGCGAGUUAUACAUGGGGGCGUGUUAUACGCCAAUAAAUACGGUAUUUGAAAUACUAACUUGAUUUUAUAUGGUGUUAACUAUAAUCAAAAUAUCUAAAAUCUAUUAAAGCUGCUUCCUCUCUUGUCAUAAAAGAUUUAUUUUUCUAUCACAGAUAAAAAUAAACUGAAAAAUGGAGUUCACUGCUGCUGAUUCAUAUCAGACAUUUUCAAUAAUUUACAAAAGACAACAUUCAACUGAAACUAUGGUUUUAAAUUAAAUAAACUCUUAUACUUGAGCGAUGAACAUCUCACUCCAAAGCCUAAUGAUAUGUUCUUUUUAAAUGGUUAUUUAAAUUGAUAUCUUUAUAACCAGACUCAUUGUCUUAUUCCUAAUUAGUUGAAAGUUUUCAAAAUGUCUACUGCAAGUGUUAUCCUUUCUCUAUUAAUACUGUGUAUCGAAUGCAAAUGCAAGGUGUUUAAAAAAAAACAUAAAUCUGAGAGCAGUGGUUUGAAUAAUUAAAAAAAAAAGAUGAGUCACACAAUCAAUUUUUUUUUUGCUAUUUAGAAAGUAUGUUAUAUAUUUGACAUACAAAAACCAAUAAUUUAUUUCAAAAGUAUUUCACUAUUAUUUAAAUCACAUAAGCCAUAUUUUUUCUAGUUUUUAAAAUUUCCUUUCAAGUAAUGAUUAACGAGUGAAAAUUAAUGAUUAGUGAGUGACAGCUGUCAGUUUUAUGUCUACAUUAUUGGAUAAUAGGGUUUCUUUUUACAGCUUGAUUCCAGACGCAGAAAUUCUCAUUGUGGUACAAGAAAUAAUUAACCACUAUCCUACACUUCAGGUAUAUAUGAUGAAAAGAUCAACAUAACUAUGAUUAAAGAUAUAAAAUUGACACUUUAAAAGAAAAUUGUAAUUAAAUCACUGUAUACCCAUACUAAAAUCAAACAUUAAUAAGCAAAAUAGUAAAAGAGUAAACACCAAAAUUUCCUAUAAAUUACUUGCACAUCUUGAGAAUAUGUUUCUUAUUUCAUAUUAUGAAUGAUCAAUAAAACAGUUUCAUUUUUUAUAUAUCUUACAAUGACUUGCUGAUUGUUUGAUCUCUAUCUAGGCUAGAGAUUUUUAUAUUUGCAUCAACCACAUGUCCCUUUUAAAAGCUGUGCUGUUAUUUUGUGGGAUCCCUGAAGAAUUGCACAUCAAGGCAUUGACAGCACUUGCAGAGUGUGUGAGUAAUUUCCCAUAUACCAGGUAGCUAAAACUUAAAGUCAUAAUUAAUUUAUUCAAUGUAAUUAACUACUUUGACUUUGACAUUUUUAUUCUUCAACACAGUGUGUCAGUGUCUGGUAGACAUAUGAAUAAAAACAUGUAAAAAUAAAAAGCUAAUAAAUAUAAUAUUACUGGUAUCAAUAUUUUUGCUUAAUAUUUUUCACAACUGCAAUGUUUUUUCUGGUAGUCAAGUAAAGCUAAGAAGUCAACAAUUUUAGAGAUGGAAUUGGGUAAAAAAAUGAGUGAACAGAUGGCAUCAAACUUAAAUGCUUUACUUGAGCUUGAAGGAACGUUAUGCAAAGUUACAACAAGCCUAACACUUCUCUCUAAAUCAUCGGUAAAUAAUACAAUUUUUGUUACCUCGUUCAUUUGUAUCAAGUUUUGACUGGGAUACGAUUUUAAAACCAUUAAAAAAAUCUUAAAUUUCUAUUUAUAGGUCAACCCUGCACACAUUUUUCAUUCAGGUGAUUUAGAGAUAGAAAUAAUUGAAAAAAAAAACAUGAACCAGUUGAGAUAAUUUUAAUUGUUGUUACUUUUUUUUUUAUCUUCUAGGCAAGAAAUCUCAACCAAUGGGGUUUAGAUGAUAUCGCAAAAAUUCUGUCUCAUGCAACAAGUUUGGGUCUUCAGUUGCAGGUGAUUAACACUUUUUAAAAUUUAUAUUUAUGUUUGGGGAAAAUGUAUACUAUGACUGCAUUUAUAAAUGCUGAUUUGGUUAGAUAAUUUUAGGGUUUUAACUUGUGCUUAAAAUUAUGUGCCAAAAUCAUCAAUGAACUAAGAUAUGCAAACAAUCAGUGCACUUCAAUUUUUUAAAAAUUUUUCAUUAGUUUAUAUCAUAAAUCUUGUGCAGUAAAUGAAAUGGGGGAAGACCAGAUCUUGGUAAAUAUUAGGGUGUAUUCCUUAUGAAUUAUUUUUAAGAAAGUCUUCAGUAAAAAUCAAACAGCAUAGUUCAGUCCACAACAGUUCCUCAUAGUCAUUUGUAAAAAAACAAAGUGAAUGGUGUGUUCCUAAUUUUUGCUCAUGGAGAUAAAAUGAGAAUAAAUGCACCAAAUACUUCACCUAGUUUCCUCAGAUUUUCUGUAUUUAAAAAAAAAUAAUUCUUUAUAGAUUGAAGUUUUCAAGAUUAAAACAAUUAUUUUUAAGUGCAUAAUGUAAAGAUUUUGAACAGAAAUGCAAACAUUUUUGAAGUUUUAAAUGAUUUGUUUUCCUGGGUGUGAGGUGGCAAUUGUUUUUAAAGUGGUGUGUCCUUUUUGUUUUCAAGUCACACAACUCUAAAACUCUUUUUAAAUCAAAACUAUUAGAAACUUGUUUUAAAUAUUUAAGAGGCUAAUCAAGACCUAAAGUUUCUUAUUUUCUUUCAACUGCUACAUUUCAUUUUUCCUCAAUUUGUCCAGACUUUUUAGUUUAUGUAGUACAACCAUUGAUCUUUAAUUGUGUUGUGUUACCGCAAAGAUUUAAAAAAAAAUUCACAGGUUAAAGUGUCCCUUGGUCUUAUCUACAAACCAUCUCUGUACUCAGGCGUAGUCUACCAAGUUUUAUCUGACAAAGGUACCAAAGUGAGAAGUUUGCCAAGUGAGACAUUGGCUGUUGGUGGUCGCUAUGAUCAAAUGGUUUGUCAUUAAUGAAAAUAGCUACAAAUAGACACAUUUAAAAGAAUGUCAUGUUAACUGAUUUGUUAAAAUUUGUUCCAUUAAUUCAAUUCACACUUCUUUCAUGUAUUAUUUUAAUAUCAUUGUCAUUAUUGUUUUAUUUUAUAACAUUAAUUGUUUCAGAAAUUUUACAUAAAAUAUAAAAACUCCAUGUCUGGAAUGAGAGAGGAACAAGAUACAUUAUUUAUAGGCUUCAUGAGCUGAAGCUUGCUGCAUCAAAGUUAUUGUCUGAAAGGGGUAUUUUAAAUCCUUUUUGACAAAAAUAAUAUAUUUUCUAUUUUUUAUUCAAAGAUCCAAAACUUUAUGCUUCCACAUCACUCAGAGACAUCUAAAGAUCCUCCUUGUGGUGUGGGCAUAAGUAUUUUAUUAGAAAAAAUGGCUUUUGUUGUUGCUGAGGAUGAACAGGUAAAAAAAAAUCAUAACAAAUGAUAAAUGUUUGUGAUUAUUAAAAUAAUAAUGGUUUAAUUUGCAAUGUAAGAUUGUUUUAAAAAAAAGAAAUAUGUAAAGAUAUGUUUAAAACCUUAUCUAGCAGAACCAUCAAUAAAAGCACUAAUACAAAUUUACAAGAUAUUUAAUUGCAGACAUUUUAAUUUGCUUCACUUAAAUAAUUUUAAAUAAAUUUAGUUUGAAAAGGCUGGUAUCAAAUUUUAGUUCUCUAUGAUUUAGGAAAGUUGAUUAAAAAUAUCUGGAGAUAUUGAAAUAAAACAGAUUGUAUGCUCAGUUAAAUAAAAAAAGAGAGAGUCCAUUCAUGUAUCUCUCAUGAUUAAACAGAUGUCAAAUAAUUUUAUUUUGUCAACUAUUAAAACAUUACAAUAUUUUUAAGGAAAGAAGGCAUUCAUCAUUUUUGUUUUAAAUUCUUGCCUAUAAAUAAAGCUCAAAACAAAGUUUCAGAAACUUUCACCUUGUGAUGUGGUUGUCUAUUCCAUGGGAGAUAAACUGAUGUUGAAGGAGAGGUUAUCAGUAGCUAAAGAGCUCUGGGCUGCAGGAUUCAGAACAGAUUUGAUGUUUGACAAAGUAGAGGUUAGUAUGACAAAGUAGUUCUCAUACAAAAUCUCUUUAUUCACUUCUAAAUAAACUAGGACUAAAAGAACUUUUGAUAUUGGUACAAAUAACUGUUUCUUGUAUUCAUUUCCUGAAUUUGGUUUCAGGACUUUACAGAACUUAUAAAAAAUUGUAUGUAUAAAGGCAUUUCUCAUGUUGUUGGUGUCAUCCAGUCCAACCCUAGCAUAGUGCAAGUGAGUAUUCAAACAUGAUAUUCAUCCUAACCACAUUCAUGGGUUGGUCAGUUUCUUUUCAAUGAUUACUGAACAUUUUUCUUAACCACUCAAGAAAUUUUUAUGAGCUGACAUUGAAUAAGAAUCAAAAUCAAAGUAAUAAUUUUUUUUAAAGUUAACCAUCUGUUCCACUGAUAUGCAUGCCAGAGAGAUGUGGUAAACCCAAGGUAAAAGGUUAACUUUUAUCUAGACAUCACCUACCUGGCAAUACUCCUUUAAGACUAAUUAAAGUUUACAGUACAGCCAUUCUCUCAAUCUAAUUGAAGGUUUGUUCACUUGAAAGUGAACCUAGAACAUCACGAACGAUGCUCACAGGUGACCUGGUGGAAUAUUUGCACAGCAAGCAGCCAUCUGGUCAUCUUGACCCACCAAGUCUUAACUUGUGGCAUGAUAUUUGUUCCAUGGAUACAUCCUGGACUGAUAUUUAAAGGGCUGGUCUACUCAACUGUUGUUAGGUUUAAGUUGGUAAUUAUUUACAUGUAAAUAAAUCAUUAAUGAGAUGAAGUUCUUGGCAUGUUUCUUUAAACAUUUUGCAGAAAUAAAACAGCCUUGACCUUAGUCAAUUAUGAGCUAAAUUUGAUAAUACUGAAUCAGUAAUGCAAUGAUUAGCUUCUAGGAGCUUGAUGAUGUAAAAUGUAAACUAAAAAUAUUGCAUGAAAUAGGGUUUUCUUCCUUUCUUAAUUAGUCAUUCACCAAACUAUUAUUGUAUUGAAUUAUUUGGUAGAAUUUUAGUCUUUCAUCAAACUGUUAUUGUAUGAAAUUAUUUGGUAGAAUGUAGUAGCAGAACUUUAGUCUUUCACAAAACUAUUAUUGUAUUCAAUUAUUUGGUAGAAUGUAGCGGUAGCACAUAAAAUCUUCCGGAGGACAUUGGCAAGAAUAUGCAAAUGAGAGAAUGUAAUUAUAUUUACAAGUUUUUUGUAUUAAUAAAAAUAAAGUUGUAUAAAUUUCAUUUGAAUUUUUCCAUUGUUAUUUAUUGACCAUUUACUAGGAUUAAAUUCUGCUGAAUUCAAUUGUCUGAACUAGCUGGUGAUUUCAGGGAGAUUUCUUUCUUACCGCCAUUUACUUCAGAUGUCACUAAUAAUCUAAUGCCACAAAGCCCAAGUCAUUUAUUUAUAUUCAACUCACAAAAACGUGUAACAUACAUUUCAUUCUUCCCCAUUAUACUAUUGAUAUCACCUCAAGAUUUCUUGAAACAAAAACAUUGAGACAGAUCAAGAAAAUAAACAAAUGCAAUAUUUGCAUAAAUUACUAUCUUUUAUACAUCAAUUUUCACAUUUCAAAAUAUCAACCCUGCCUUGUAAUAAUGAAGGCACAGACAAUACUUAUAAUAAAAUUUAUUUACUUUAAGACUAUGUUGGUAAGUCACAGAACUUGAUCUAGGAUUUCUCAGUUGACUGGGACUUGUAGAGUUAACCAACAGAAAAAGUCAAGUUAACUUUUCAUUUCAACGGCACAUCUUUUAAAGUUUGGAGUCAACACCGGAAUACUGGCUCAUAGAAGCUGAUAUUGAAGUAAGGAUAAAACAUGGAACAGAUUACACAUGGGUGGGGCAUAGGGAUCAAUAAUUAAUUCUUUCAUGGCUAAGGUGGGCAUUGUAGUGGCUAAUCCAGGGUAUGGAAAGAAGGGCAGAUGCCCUGGGCGCCACUUCCAGGGGGUGCUAAAAACUCUUUUUUUAAAAAAAAAGUGUAAGCGUCUCAUCUGGAAGCCCACGAGUUUCAUUUUGUUGACAGGGGUUAGGGCGCGCCACCCUAUAGCAAUAUAAAAAUUCACCACUAAUCAGCACCGCUUACAUUAAUUUUUUUUAAAGUUGCAAUUCAUAGUCUGGCCAGACAAAGUCAUACAAUUUUGUAACAGUACCCAGUACAUAUUUCCUAAUACCACAAAAAUCAUUGUUUCGAGUAUAUAUACUAUUCAAGUUGUUCUUGUUUCAAAAUAUGCUAUCGGCUUGAGCUUGAAUAUUUUAUUUAUUAUUUUUUUAAGAAAGAAGGCCACGAAAAGAUUAGAAAUAAAGUGGAGCUGAAGGGCGAAAGAAAUUUAGGAGAUCACUUUGAUGAGAAACGAGACGAGUGGGUCAGGGAGGAACAUUUUGAUUAAAUGGUUAGUAGUUUAGGGAAAGUGGGCGGUGAUUUUUUGGUGGCGUCCAAUUGUUGGUGAACUUUACCUUAUUUGAAUAAGUUAUGGAAGAUUGUUACAUAAAUAUGUUCAUUUUGUUGAGCAUACUUUGGUACAUGACUUAAUUCUUCCCCCACUGUGUAUAUCAUUAUCAUAUAAAUAGCCUGGUCAGGAAUAAAACAUUUCUAAGGAAUGUAAACCAGCAACCUGUACAGCACACAUGGGUAUUUUUAAAUAAAUUUAUAAGUAGCAAUUAUGCUAUAAACUGAAAUAUGAUUUUUGAAAAUGAAUGAAAUGCAUUAAUGUAUUAUUAACACUACAAAUCAACUGCUUUCUUCAUGUAACUAACUUAUGUACAUAUAUUCACAUUCGCUUGUUUUUAACAUAAUAUAAUAUGAAAACAAAUAUGUAACAGCAUAUGCAUGAGUUAACAUUUGGUUCACAUGUAUGUCUUGAAUAGUUGUUCUGUGACAUUAAUUGGAUUUUUUUGUCUCGUCAAUGUCUUGUGAAGCAUCACAGGUUUAAGCAUAUUGUGCUGCUCUAUUAACUAAUAAUUGCUUUUAAGAAGAUAGUUUAAAAUUUGUAAAACUUAUUAAACUUUCUCAAAGUAACAUGAAUG